AAUGAAAAAAAAUAUGUACAUCUCGAGUUACAUAUUUAUGUAUUUUUGUGUGUAGCUUUUGUUUGGAUAGACACGCAUUAUUGACAUUACAUGGUGUCUUUAGUCCUACUUAAUAAACAAAACAAAACGACGUUGUUUUCUACCGUCGCCAUUUCUUCGGUCGUGUUGUGUGUGCAGGAGCUGCCAUAGGUCACCCGGUGGAGAAUCAAUCUGUGCAUUUACAUUAAGAAACUUUGAAACCUUUGCAGAAGAGGAACCUGCUGUCUCUGGGUUGAUUCUUGAUCUUCCAGAGGUCGUUGGUCUCAUGCCGAGUCCCUCAUCCUCAACUUAAUUGGAACUCGUCCCACAAUAUGUCGGACAACAAUGGCUCUUUUGAGGGUGCGCACAUGGAUGGUUUUGGUUCCAGUGUAUUUGCUUUGAGUUCAUAUUGCAACCCCAGUGAAAACGGUGCAGGGACAGCAAGCCUAAAUCAUGGCAUGAAUUCUGGCUUAAGCAUACAGGGCACCCAGAAUCUGGACUUGGUCUCUGCCGGAGCGUCCCAUAGCAUGGCAUCAGCCUUGGAUGUAACAAGAGGCCCGAAUUCGAAUUCCUUGCAGAGCGGAUACUUGGACAAAGCCACGAAUGUUUUUGCCAGUCUUGGUCUCCCGCGCGAAGACUUGGAUGCACUAGCGUGCAUGUCUGAGGAUCAGCUUAGUGUGGAGAACUUGCAUCAGAGUAUCCUGCAGCUCAAGGCACAGAGAGCGGAAGGAAGCAGUGUGUCUAACCGCCCCAGAGACUUCCGCUCCCCCCCACGAGAACAACCUUACAGAGCCGACAGGGAGGUGAAGCGCAGGAGGACGGAUGUUUUUGCUUAUAGUUCUGGGAGAAUGGGAAGCAGCACUGACUUUCUACACACUGCAGGGUAUCGUACUUACUAUCCCUCAGAAUACGACUGGGAUGGUCCCGCUCCUAGACCUGAAAGGUACUUCUCGGAUGUGCAGUCCUGGAAUUGGCAGCAUAGAUCACCUUAUUCAAAGAGUCGCCCUUCCGAUUUUGACCGCAGGCCAGUCCGUCCCGGAUGGGACACCAGCUAUCCAGCACCUGGAUACGUGGCGCCUCCUCCACUGCUUCCAAUUGAUAUCUCAAGGAGAAGAAUGCGUCCUGAUAGGAGAGUGGGAAACGUUUCAGUUUCAGGCGGAAUCAAAUCAAGAAGAGGCGAGAGAAGUCAUCCCUUGAAAGAAAAGCAACAUAGAGUAAUUCAUCUGGUGAACCUGCCAGCUGAAAAUUACACAAAUGAAGACCUGUUUGACUUGGCAAAAUCUUUUGGGCCUGUGCAGUGCUACAAAAUACUCAGAAGCAAUAAAGAGGCUUUUUUGGAAAUGAAGCAUCCUGACGCUGCAGAGAAGAUGGUGCGGUACUAUAGGACCCAUGCUGCCAAAGUCAACGGAGACAGGAUCGGUGUGUCCAUAUUCCUGAAGCACAAGAAGCUUGCACAUUGGAUGCGGGAAGAAGUCAAGUCACCCAGCACUUCAGGUGAAGCUCCGGGGAGUGGGAGCAGGACUGGAUGCUCAGUAUCUGGGGACAGGGAGUCCUCUAGAACACGAAGGACGUCCAGAUAUGACCGGACAAGAAGGGAGGAGUCAAGAGAGAAAUCCCUGGAGAGACAAGAGAGGAGGGCGAGUCGGCAAAGGGAGGAAUCCUCAGAUAAAUCCACAGACAGUUCAGAAAGUGAAGGGGAGGAGCAAGAGAACACAGCCUUGCGGCUGGCACAAGGGGAGGGGCCAGCAGAUAAAUCCAUGGACAGUUCAGACACAGAAGGGGAGGAGCAAGAGAGGAGUGGCAGCAAACUGGGACAAGGAGAGGGGCCAUUCGAUAAAUCCCUGGAAAGUUUACAAACCCAAGAGGGAGCGCUAGAGAAUAAAGGCAGCCAGUCGACACAAGGGGAGGAACCUGUAGAUAAACCCCUGGAGAGUUCAGAGACCCCCUCAGAGGGGCAAGACAAGAGUUGCAGCCAGUCUGCACAAAAGGAGGAUUCAUCAGCUGGGCCUGAGCUCAAGGAAGGGGAGAAGGAGAAAGCGAAGGCUGCAGGGCAGGGGAAGGACCAAUGCCUCGAUAGAUCAAAGAUCCGAAAGCCAUGGCCGUCGCAGAAAGGCAGAUUUUCUACAGGACCUGGUGUCGAGGUAGAAGGAAGCAGCAAAGUGGUGGACAUACGCUUUAGGAAAUGGUCAUGCUCCGUGGAGGAUUUGCUGGAGAUGGCUGAGCCUUUCGGCACUGUGGUCGCCUACCUGGUUUACCAGUCCUCUGGCUUCCUGGAAAUGCUUACAUAUGAACAAGCAAGGGUUAUGGUGCGAUACUACCAGGCUACAAAUGAUCCUGCCCGUGAAUUGAGGAUUUGUUUGUCGGAUAAAAUGACCUCUGUAAAGAGACCACUCUUUGAACCUGUUACCUCAGUGCUGUGUUUCAGUAAUAUUUCUAGAAAAACCUCCAGGGUAGAUUUGCAGGAAUUGGCCGAGCGCUUUGGGGCUGUGCUAAAAAUCACCAUCGCAAAUAAAAUUAAAAAGGCUUUUGUGGAAAUGGUAGACCGGGCUGAGGCAGAGAUCAUGGUGACAUUCUAUAAAAAACGCCCCUUGAGGAUUCACUUUAAAAAGAUCGAAGUGAGCCUCUUAAAGAAUUACACCUUUGGAUGCAAUGGCGAAAAUGCUGACACAGAAAAUGCUACACAGGUGCAGACUGUACUGCCAGAGUCUGAGAAGACUGUACCGCCAGAGUCUGAGAAGACUGUACCGCCAGAGUCUGAGAAGACUGUACCGCCAGAGUCUGAGAAGACUGUACCGCCAGAGUCUGAGAAGACUGUACCGCCAGAGUCUGAGAAGACUGUACCGCCAGAGUCUGAGAAGACUGUACCGCCAGAGUCUGAGAAGACUGUACCGCCAGAGUCUGAGAAGACUGAAACUGUCCAUAAUGGAGAGGCAGGAGACUCAACUGAUAGGCCACAGGCUGGUAACAACAAGACCACACACACUCUGGGACCAUACACUCCUGACAAUCCUGUUGGCUUGGAGUAUAUGGUCCCGAGGACGGGUUACUUCUGCAAACUGUGCAGCGUGUUCUCCAGCAGUGAAAACGAGAAGACUGCCCACUGCAGCAGCCUGGAACAUUAUGAGAAAGUAAAGACCUCGAUCGCAGAACUGGACCAACAGCUAACAGUGGAAUCAAUGCAGGUGUCUGAAACGGAAUAGAAUGAACACUGUUGGAGGUCUGUGAAUCGAAAGAACCACAGAAAAGACUGUCAAAGUUCUGCAUUUCUGGCUGUUCACCUGAGCUCUGUUUAAAUCCUUGUAUAUAUAUUUACCUUGGGAUUAUUUUGUAAAAUGAUAAGCAAAUGGUUUACCAUUGAUAGAUAAUGCCAUUUGUUUUGCAAUAACCUUCCCUGAAGUUGUUCUUCCCUCACAACCCAGAAGUGAUGCUUGAGACCACAGUCUGGUGUUUAAAAUUCUGUUGUGUCCUUCAUAUGAGUGUGAUCUAGACAAAUAAACCUUCACUGUACAUUCAAUAAAAUCGGUAUUUUCACACUGA